AUGAAGAUCAAGGAUGCCAAGAAACCCUCUUUCCCAUGGUUUGGCAUGGACAUUGGGGGAACUCUAGUAAAACUCUCAUAUUUUGAACCGAUUGAUAUCACAGCAGAGGAAGAACAAGAAGAAGUUGAGAGCUUGAAAAGUAUCCGGAAAUAUUUGACUUCUAAUGUAGCAUACGGAUCCACAGGUAUCCGGGAUGUACACCUUGAACUGAAGGAUUUAACACUUUUUGGCCGAAGAGGGAACCUGCACUUUAUCAGAUUUCCAACCCAGGACCUGCCUACUUUUAUCCAAAUGGGAAAAGAUAAAAACUUCUCCACAUUACACACGGUGCUAUGUGCUACAGGAGGUGGUGCUUACAAGUUUGAAAAAGAUUUUCGCACAAUCGGAAACCUCCACCUGCACAAACUGGAUGAACUUGACUGUCUUGUAAAGGGCUUGCUGUAUAUAGAUUCUGUCAGUUUCAAUGGACAAGCAGAGUGCUACUAUUUUGCUAAUGCCUCAGAACCUGAGAGAUGCCAAAAGAUGCCUUUUAACCUGGACGACCCCUAUCCGUUGCUGGUAGUGAAUAUUGGCUCGGGAGUCAGUAUUCUAGCAGUCCAUUCCAAAGACAACUAUAAACGAGUAACUGGGACAAGCCUUGGAGGAGGUACCUUUCUGGGCUUAUGCAGUUUAUUGACUGGCUGUGAAAGUUUUGAAGAGGCUCUUGAAAUGGCAUCCAAAGGUGACAGCACCAAUGCUGACAAGCUGGUCCGUGAUAUUUAUGGAGGAGAUUAUGAAAGAUUUGGCCUGCCAGGUUGGGCUGUAGCAUCUAGUUUUGGCAACAUGAUUUAUAAGGAGAAGCGAGAAUCUGUUAGUAAAGAAGAUCUAGCAAGAGCUACUUUAGUUACUAUCACCAAUAACAUUGGUUCUGUGGCACGAAUGUGUGCUGUUAACGAGAAAAUAAACAGAGUUGUCUUUGUGGGAAACUUUUUACGAGUCAAUACACUCUCGAUGAAACUUCUGGCGUAUGCACUGGAUUACUGGUCGAAAGGACAACUGAAAGCAUUGUUUCUAGAGCAUGAGGGAUACUUUGGAGCAGUCGGUGCACUUCUCGGGCUGCCAAAUUUCAGCUAA